CUAGGUUCAUCGACUACGGGUGUGCAGACGUUAGAUUUACAGGGCGGCAGCUUCGGAACAACACGUCUUCCAUCGAUCCUAAUUUUGAUCUGAUAUCUACCAACCACCAUCAUACACACGCUCCGGCGGCCACCGGAAUUUAUACCCCGCCAAUUCACCUAUUAGUGGAGGUCUCUAAUUAAGGGCAGGAUGGAAACAAAUAUGUUUUCCCUUAAACUUCUUAGAACUGAUAAUUAUGCGGACUGGAGUAUCAAGGUGAAAAACUACAUGUUGAGUCAAGAUCUUUGGGAUAUUGUUGAAACAAGCUCGGAACCCCCCCAACCAGACGAUGAUGUAGUUGAAUUCGAGGCUUGGAGGAAGAAGAAUGAUAUGGCUUUACAUGCAAUCCAAAGUUCAUGUGGGACGGACAUACUAUCUCAGAUCAAUAAAAUUUCUUCUGCAAAAAGUGCUUGGGAAACGUUGGCUAAAAUGUACAUGCAACUGCAGCAGGGUAUCUACCCCGUGGUUGAGCAAGGAGACUCUUUCCAAUCAAAUAUCUCAGGUAGUCGACAAGAUAUGCCAAGGAGGACUGGAACUAAUCAAAUAGUUGAGAGAGGAAACUAUUCACCCAACCCAGGGCCAGGGAGGGAUGCUUAUGCUGCCUUACUCAAGGCUGUGCGAAAAGGUGAUUCGAACAGUACAAGAGAAUUCCUCAAGCUCCACCCAGGUGCAUUGACAGAAAGAAUAUUGUUUACGGGUGGGAUGGUUCUUCACGCUGCUGUUAAUGCUGAACAGGAACAUAUGGUGGUGGAGUUAGUCAAUAUGAUUUCGGAACAUGACUUGGCAACAAUGCAAGAUUAUGGCGGCCGUACAGCUCUACAUGAGACAACUACUAUUGGGAAUUACCGGAUGGCAGAGUGCCUGAUUACAAAGAACAAGAGCUUGGUCAGCGUUAGAGAUGAUGCCAACAAACUUCCAGUUGUUCUGGCCAUGGACUAUGGGCAUAAAGAAUUGGCUCGCUAUCUCUAUUCUCAAACUCCGUUUGAAGAUUUGGAAGCAGAAAAAGGCCGCCAAGGUGCCACACUUCUUAACAGCUCUAUCUAUAACAGAGAUUUAGAUAUGGCUUGGUUAUUAAUGGAGCGUUGUCCUCAUUUGGCUUUUGCCUUUGACGGACGAGAUAUCUCCCCUUUGGAGGUACUGGCUGUUUUGACCGACGCAUUCGAGAGUGGAACAGGGAUGGUGUUUUGGAAACAAUGGAUCUACAAUCACUGUAUACACAUUUCAAUGAUUUCAUUAGCUCGUGCUGCCGAUCAAUUCUGUUUGAACAUUCAAAAUUAUCAAGAAAAAACUAUCGGAUCAGUGCGAGCUAGUCUAUGGCGCCAACUACCUUCAAGUCUUUUGAACCUCUUGGGAUUCAAGCGAUUAUAUGAAAUGAAGUUGGUACAUCUCCAAUUCCAACAACUUCUAUCUAGUAUGUGUGGAGCGAUUCCAACUAUUACAAGUCUAGAAGAGCGACAUAGGACUAUUGCGCCAGUGAUCUUCCAUGCUAUCAGCAGAGGGAACUUUGAAUUUGUUUAUCAAAUAGUCAAAGCAAAUUUUGAUCUUUUGUCGAUCACUGGUGCUAUUGAAGGAAGGGGCAUGUUCAAUCGGGCAGUCCUGCAUCGUCAACAUAGGAUCUUUAGCCUUAUAUACAGCUCAAAAAGGAAGAAUGUUGUACUAAAUAGGGUAGAUAACUCUGGAAAUACCAUAUUGCAUAUGUCAGGGAUGUUAACGGAACAUACUCCAAUUGAUCACAUAAGAGGUGCAGCUUUGCAAAUGCAGAGAGAAGUUCAAUGGUUUAAGGAGGUGGAAUGCAUUUGCCCUCUCUCUGAUAAGGAAUAUUUAAAUAAAGAUGGUUUGACUCCUAGACAAUUGUUUACGAAAGACCACCAAGAUUUAAGAAAAGAGGAGAACGAUGGAUGAAGGACAUGGCAACUUCUUGUACUGUUGUUGGCGCUCUCAUCAUUACCAUUAUGUUUGCGGCAGCAUUUACCAAUCCUGGUGGUAACAACCAAGAAACAGGCUUGCCAAUUCUCAUGCAUGACAAACUAUUCAAACUCUUUAUAGUAACUGGUUCUAUAUCAUUAUUUUCUUCCUCGA